UUUUAAUUUGAUAUAUUUUAGAAAGAAAUUAAUAUAAGCUAAAAGAUAAUGUCGGAGAAGGGAUAUUCCAGAGGUUAUCGGAAGGAUCGGGAAAGGAAGCGAAGUAUGGACACAAAGAAGAAAGAGAGUACAGAAACCGCAAGAGAUGAAUCUGGAAGUGCUUCUGCGGAACUGGAGCAGAAGAUUGAACCCGUAGUUGAACCUGCACCUGGUGUUGAACCUGUACCUGGAGUUGAACCUGCUCCAACUGAACCUGAGCCUGAGCAGGAGGAAUCUCCUAUAGAUAAUUCUCAACUGGAGAGAGAUAUUCUUGAUUCAUAUAUUCAAGAGGUUGGUGAAAAAAUACAAUGGAAAAAUAAUCUGAGAAAGCUAAACACGGACGCAGCAAACGACAGGCCUGAGGAUGACCGUCACCUGUACAAGCUGGACAGCAGCCUCAAGAAGAACACGGCAUUCGUCAGGAAAUGUAAAACCUUCAGUGAAGGGCAGAAAGAUCAGCUAAUGAAGGAGAUGAAGGGACUGAACCUAACUAAGUAUUUGGGGGAGCUAGCUCAGGGGUUAGUGGAGUGUAAACUCAAGAUGUCGGAUAUUGGUCCCGUUAUAGAGUUCUGCUCAUCAGUGCACCAGAGAUAUGCAGAGUUUGCUCCAUGUCUUCUGGAGAACUGGAGCAAGGCCUUAUUUAUGAAGAAGGAGGAUAAGGUUCAAAACCCGAGUAAACUUAGAGUUGAUUUAAGGUUUUACAGUGAACUCAUUGCAGUUGGUAUUUUCAAACUUAAGGAAUGAUUACCGCUGCUGGGGAACGUGUUGAUGACCCUGGUGGCUCAGGACAAGGAGACCCUCUCAAAUAUUUCAAUAAUUAUAUCAUUCUGUAAACAUUGCGGGGACGAUUAUGCUGGGCUAGUUCCCUUCUCCAUUCAGAAACUUGCAGAGAAGCAUAGAUACACCCUUCCCAGAGCAUCUCUGCUCCCAGCGGAGAAACAGAAACCUGUUCGACAUAUUCUAAAGGACUACUAUACUUGUCUAAGUUCCGCGCUUGUAUCCUUACAUAAGGAGCAAGCUCUCCUGGAGCGGGGAAACCGCCGUCAACUUCUCACAAAAGGAGAGAUAAGCACAGAACGAAAGGAGAAACUGGAACGGCUUCAACAGGAGAAGGAGAAGCUCUUUAACAACACCCAGCAGAUGGCUGAAUCGGUAGGGGAGGAGAUGGUCAUCCUCCCGGUGGUGCAGUCCAAGAAGGACGAGGAGGAGGAGGCUGAACUAGCAGCAGAGGUUACGGAGGAUAACCUGGGGACUCUAUGGGAUGAUGAGGAUACCAAGGCGUUCUAUGAAUCCCUUCCUGAUCUAAUUGCUAUAAUUCCAUCUAUUCUCUAUAAAGACAGCAAGGAAGAGGCAGAAACUGAGAAAAAGACUGAGUCCAAACCAGAACUGAAUGAUGAUGACGAUGAUGAUAUUCAGCAGGAUGAAGAUGAUGUUGAAGAGGUAAAUCUUGAGGAUGAUGAGGAUCUGCAUGAAGCGAUCAACAUGUCCACAAGAAUGAUCUUCGAUGCAUUUCUCGCACAGCUGCCCCACUGUGUCAACCGAGAUAUGAUUGAUACUGCAGCUGCUGAGUUCUGUAUGAACCAUAACACAAAGAUGAACAGGAAGCGCCUGGUUAAAGCUCUCUUCACCGUGCACAGAAACAGAACCGAUCUCCUCCCAUUUUACGCUCGUCUUGUUGCUGCCCUGGCUCCUUGUAUGCCAGAUGUUCCAACUCAGUUGUGUUCAAUGUUAAAGCAGGAUUUCAGGUGGCAGGUUCGGAAGAAGGAUCAGAUAAAAAUUGAAUCAAAACUCAAGGUUUGCAGAUUCAUCGGAGAGCUGGUGAAGUUCAACAUGUUCAGCAAACCUGACGUUCUAUUCUGCGUGAAACAACUUCUAUUCGACUUUUCUCAUCAUCAUAUUGAGAUGGCCUGCACUGUAAUGGAUUCUUGUGGAGCAUUCCUAUUCCGAUCCCCGGACUCUCACAGGAGAACAAAGAUAUACCUGGAGCAGAUGAUGAGAAAGAAAUCCGUCCUAACCCUAGACAACAGAUACUCCACCAUGAUAGAGAACUCCUACUAUAUGAUCUCCCCCCCGGACACGCCCCUAGAACAGAGAAAGGAACGCCCCAUCCCACACCAGUACAUCAGGAAGCUUCUCUACACCGACCUCAACAAGUCCAACUGUGAGAAGAUCCUGAAGCAGGUUCGGAAGUUUGAUUGGGAGAACCCCGCCAUGGCGGCGUAUAUUGUCAAGUGUAUCAAGAACGUCUGGAACUUAAAGUAUUUUAAUAUAAGAUAUUUAGCUUCUCUUCUAGCAGGACUUAUCCAGUAUCAUGAUUGGGUUGCUCCGGUAGUAAUUGAUGAGGUUCUAGAGGAUAUUAGGAUGGGAAUGGAGGUGAAUAAUCCUAAGUUCAGCCAGAGAAGAACAAGUGUUAUUAAAUUUCUGGGAGAACUUUAUAAUUAUAGAAUUAUAGAUUCAGCUCUUAUUUUCAAGGUUUUAUAUUCUCUCAUCACAUUUGGAGUAAUCCUUGAUCACGACGAGAGUGAAAACAGUCCUGAUCCCCCUCAUCAUAUGCUUAGGUUGAGAUUGGUUUGUGUACUGCUAGACACAUGCGGACAGUACUUCAGUACAGGAAGCAGUAAGAAGAAACUUGAUUACUUUCUUCUUUAUUUUCAGAGAUAUUAUUGGUUUAAACGCUCCCAUCCACAAUACGAGGAUGAGAGAAAUUUCCCUCUCGGGAUGAAGAAUUUGUAUCUAGAAACUGUUCAUUCUCUCAGGCCGAAGCUAAAACUGCUUUCGAGUUUCGAGGAUUCCUGCCUCGCGGUUCAGAAAGCAGAGAACGCGUUCCUAACUGUUCUCAAGCAGAAGGGUUACCUUGCAGACAUUUCUUCAGAAACCAAGGAGAGGGACGGGGAUGGUUUGAAUACCAUCAGCGAAGAGCAAGAUGAAGAUAAUUCACAUUCCCAGCACUCCAUGGAUAUGUCACAACACAGUAAUAACAGAUCUAGAUCUGCAUCACAGGCUGUAGGAAACGGAGAUUUUGAAUCCCAGGAAUGGGAGGAGAGAGAAGAGAGAGAGGAGAGGGAUGAGAUGGAGGGGGUGAGCCAGGACAGUGAAGAUGAGGGCGUAGAGCAGGGUGAUGAAGAACUCCUUCUCCCCUCCGCCCCUGUCAAACUCUCUUGCAAGGAGGACGACGACUUUCUAGCUGACCUGGACAGGAUGGUGAACGAGAACAUCAGUGAGAGUAAAAAUUUGCUCCGGGAUAAGAACACACUGGCAACUGUAUCAGCUCCUAUCAGUACCCAGAAAGGAAAGAAGAACUGGGAACAGCUGCAGGAUGAGGGGGAGGAGGAUGAGAGUAAGGUUCAGGUGAUGAUAAUGCUGAGGAAAGGAGGAGGGAAGACGGGAGGAGUUACUAAGAUAACGAAAGGAAUAUCUGUUUCUGCGGACAGUCAGCUCGGAGAACAGUUUAUUGCCAGGGAGGAACGAGAAGCAAGGGAGAAGGCCAGAUUAAAGAAGUUGACCCUUGAGAUAACAGAACGGCAGGAGGAGGAGGAACUAAGCGAAGCAAUCACACAUCUGCAGAGGGUCACCCUGGGAGCAAGGAAGGGGUUCAAGCCGAACAAGGGAGCACCGGACGCAGACGAAAUAUUUGGCAAACGAGCAUCAAAGUUUUGAAAUAAAUAAAUUUAAAUGUGAUUUGGAAAGAUUGUGAUAUUUCAGA